AUAAAUCCCCACCUCAGUUUCUCUCAAACCUUCACCAAAAUCUCUCUUUCUCUCUUUCUCCCUUCAUCAAUAUCUUCACAAUGUUGCCAAGAAGUAGAACCAUGCCAUCAAGAAUCCUUCAUGGAGUUGUCGAAGAACGACACGAUAUCAUGCACUAUUGGAAAGUUGAUGAUCGAACUAAUGCUAGCACUGAAACCCAAUCCAUGAACAUUGAAGACAAUUAUUCAAAGAGUUUCGAUGAUGAUGGUCGUUUAAAGCGUACAGGUACUUUUUGGACCGCAUCAUCACAUAUCAUCACCGCAGUGAUCGGGUCAGGAGUCUUAUCCUUGGCAUGGGCCAUUGGGCAACUCGGUUGGGUUGUUGGACCAACCAUUAUGAUACUGUUUGCUUUAGUUAUUCUCUAUACUUCUAAUUUGUUGUCACAGUGUUAUAGGUCGGUGACCCAGUCACCGGACCUAGAAGCUAUACCUACAGGAGGCUGUAAAGGCUCAUCUAGGAGGGCGUAA